UCCGUGUUCCUCGGAGAAAUGAUCCAAGAAAGCCGUUUAAAUUUGUUCAGUAAAGUGUGAAUUUGUGCGACGAACAUGACGCCAACCAACACACGACGUCCUGCCACAAGGAAUUCCGCCCGAAAGGCCGCCUGUGGCCGUGCUACUAAAUCCAGGACGAACUCACCUUCCGAUAGUUCGUCCGAGAAUUCGCUAGUAAUUGACGAUGGGCCAGGCAGAGCGGCUAAAACCGAGACUUCGCGUAGCACAACGGUAGCAAACUCGAACAGCGUACUGGGCCUGAAAGAGCAACCAUCCAUGAAACCGAAGCGACCCGUGCGGAAACGAAGAAGAAUAGGGAUGUCCAUGGAUGAGGAAGAUCCGCUGUUUAAUGAAAUGUUUGAGGAAUCUAUUCGCGCGUCCGCGGCAAAGAACAAUCUCACACCGAUGUGUAUUAAAAAGCUUCUGAAGCAACUGGUCGUUAAUGAUCAUGUUUUUGCGAUUGUAAGACUGAAGGAAGAGGAAGAACGUGACCGGCAGGCUAGUCUAGGAAAUCAAUCGGUAGAUAGUAGCGUGGGCGAGCUAUCCAGUAUGGAUAAUACGAAUAAUAAUCCGAACGAGGCUGAUGAUGAGGACGAAGACGAGAAGAACCAUCCUCUACCGAAGCUCACGCGCUUGAAAGCGAAACAGUUGAACCAGAGGCUCAUUUCCUUUGCCCCGCGAAAUGCAUCACCCUCCGAGGUAGCGGCCUUAAUUCGCGAUGAUCUCAAUUCGGACGAUGAUGAUGAUGAGUACCGGCCGGGUGAAGAUGACAUUCCUUCGGACGACGAAACCAACACAACGAUUUCGGAUGUAGACUCACAGCCCCGUACGCCCGCUUCCGGUCUGAGAACGCCCGGGCAUGAUAGUGAGGUCGAAGCGCCGUACGCGAUGGACGGGCCGUUUAAAAUCCCGAAACCCCGAUACGACAGCCACUCACAGUCCGAACAAGAACAGGAAAACAUAGCCCUGCGAACCCGGUCCAAACUGUGUCUUACGACGACGGACAUCGAAACAUUAGAGUCAACGUUUGUACCGCCGGACAUAACGACCGAUAUGUACGAUAUCGAUUAUGAUAUGGAUCAGGAGUGGAAAGAUUUUCUGGAAGAGUUCACCAAACCAUUACCCAAGGAGUUGGAGGAUGACGAUGACAAUGAUCCGGAAUAUGUUGGUGCGGAAAAGGUGCCCUUGGAUGCGGAAGAGAUGCGCCCGGUGCGAGUUUCCAAGAAAGAGCUGAGUGAGCUAAUGAAUGAGCUGGUGCAAAUGACCGGGAUCGAUGAGGAAACGUUGUUGGAUCAAUCAUUUACUGACAUUCUGAACACUUCGUUUGAUUGCAAACAAAUAGAUCGUAUGUUAAGCUCACCAUUGACGACUCCUGAGCUGCCAACGACGCCAGACGACGGCAAAUCGGUUGCUUUGAAUAACUCCGCGACAGAGCAGCCGUCGCACUGUACUACCAACUCCACCGUAACGCUGACCGACUGUAACAGUCCUGUGCAAGAAAGGAAUCGCACAGUAUUUUUGCCGGAAGUUAUAUCGACACCACACGUUCCUAGGCCAGCAUUCGUACCUGAAAGUAAUACCAUCAUGCAGAGUGAGUCAAGAAACGGUGAACAGUCGACUAUCCGGCUAAACAGCUCGGCGCCAAGUGAACCAGCUGAUUCGGGAGCGAGCUCGAGCAUAGUUUUAGAAGCUAAAACCAGUAGCAGAUUUAGCUUAAAGUACGUCGUUCCCGUAGAAUCCAAUUUUGUCUACGAUGCCGUGACGAGCCGGCUCAUACCGAACACCACACAGGAAAAGCGAUACACGUUCUACAAAUCCGUUCAGCCCGUUGUGUUAAAUAUUACCGAAGACCAGAUCGGAUUCACGGACUUUCAACAGCAACUGUUACAGCAACAACUGCGUAUGCAUGUGCAGCUUUCGACUCAGCACUUUUUGCAAACUUACGGUCAUCCGACGAUGUGGAAAAUGGCCAAAACGUUUAAAGAUAUGUUGCAGGAGCUGAAUGAUAUCAGCGGAAAUAAACCCUGCGUGAGACCUUGUAAUCUACAGAUGGCCUUAGAUUGCUGCCAAAGCUGGGAGGACGAGCUGUCGGUGCCAUGCGCUCUUAACGAUCAGUUGCGAGAGUACUGGCAAUCGCAAGAGGAACGCACGCAAAGGCCAAACUCUAAAUAUGCUUCCGGUGAGUUCCAUUGGCGUGUGAUGGAGAAGAUGCUCAACUGUAAGGCGUUCAUUUAUCCUGCCCUGAUACCGUACAAACCCUUCAGGACGUGUUUAAAGUCUUUCAGCUCCAUUUUGGACGCAGAGGAACGUUUAAUCGCCUUUGGUCUGGAGUUGUACUACGAGAAGGAACGCAAAGAGAUGAAGCAAUCGAAGGUGUGCAAAAAAAUCGAUUUAACAACAGUUUGUUAUCAAAUAUCGAGACAUUUGCUACCAAACCAUUCCCAUCACCGAGUGACGCGACUGGUGCGGUCCAAGAAAU